AAAGUUAUAAAAAAAAAAAAAAAAAGUUGAAGCAGGGCAUUAUGGACUCCUCUCUUGCAACAAUGGCUUAUUCCUUUGCUAUGAUCAUCAGCUUCCUCCUCUGCCUCAUGAGCACACUCUCCCACUCUCUCUCCCCAGUUUGGUUCCUAAUCCCAGUCACUAAAGACGCUUCAACCCUCCAAUACAUAACCACACUUUCCUAUGGCACCCCUUUGCUGCCCACCAAACUGGUGCUUGAUUUAGGAGGUCCUUUUCUCUGGCUUCACUGCGCAUCACGUAACACGCCUUCAUCGUCUUCCCUAACCACCCCCCACCGUUCCCUCCAAUGCUUCACGGCCAAAACCCACAAAUCCACCAACUCCUUUCUCUCCAGCCCCGUGGACGAAGUCCACCAGUACCACCCAUGCCAAGUUUUCCCCGAAAAUAGCAUCACCGGAACCGUCGCCUCCGAAGGAGAACUCGUCGAAGACCUCAUGGCCCUUCAAUCACCCCAAGAAGAAGAAGGAGGACAACUUGUGGAACACCAGAGUCUCUUCACGUGUUCCCCGACCACGCUCUUGAACGGCCUUGCCAGGGGUGCCAGAGGCAUGCUUGGUCUCGGUAGGUCCCGCAGUUCGUUUCCUUCGCAGGUUUUCGACAACUUCAGCACGCACCGUAAACUCACCCUCUGUCUCUCCUCGUCCAAAGGGGUUGUCCUCUUGGGCAACGUGGCCACCUACGAGUCCGAGGUUCUCAAAUCUCUCACCUUCACACCCCUUAUCACCAGCUUCCCCAGGCAGGAAUACAUCAUCAAUGUUAGCUCCGUCAAAAUCAACGGCAAUAGGUUGUCUUUGGACACUUCAUCAUCAGAGUCGUCCAAUGAACAAGAUGGUAGUGUAGGGGCUUUAACUCUUUUAAGCACAAUUCUGCCCUACACCACCAUGCAGAGUUCGAUCUAUAACUCUUUCAAGACAUCUUUUGAAGACGCCGCUGUGGCUAUGAACAUGACCAGAGUGGCCUCGGUGGCACCCUUCGAGCUUUGUUUUAGUUCCAGGGGCGAGCAAGCGGGGCCCAGUGUGCCGGUUAUUGAGUUGGUGCUGCAGAGUGAGAUGGUGAAGUGGACCAUACAUGGAAGGAACUCCAUGGUGAGAGUGAGCGAUGAAGUAGUGUGCUUGGGGUUCUUGGAUGGAGGUGUGAACCCGAGAAAUUCCAUUGUGAUUGGAGGGUAUCAAUUGGAGGAUGUCGUAGUGCAGUUUGAUUUAGCCACUUCCAUGGUGGGAUUUAGUUCCUCCCUUGUCGCCAAAAAUACCAAGUGUUCCGAUUUUAAAUUUGCUAGUUCCAUCACUGCAGACUCGAUUUGAAUAUUUAACCCAUCGCUUUGCUUUAAGAAUUAAGGAUGGGCUUUCUAGUACUAAGUACUAAGUUUUCUUGCUUGGUUUAUGUUUCUGAAGCUUCUCAAAUCUCAAUUACUAAGUUUUCUUUGUUUAAUUUAUGUUUUUGAAGCUUCUCAAUUUUGUAACAACUUGAUUUCGGGUAGUUUUUUUUUAUCCCGCACGACUGGUUGUAUAUUUAAAAGAUCGUGAUGAGAUAUUAUGAUCUUAUGAUUUGAUGGCAUUUUUGCGCCACUGUAUUUUUUGACAUUGGAAUGGAAUACUUAUCCCCUAUAUUUAUUUA